CAUGCCUCAUCGACUGCGGCAGAACCUGCUAUUGCCGAAUCCGCCCACGGUGGUCAUGCACGAUCCUCGCACCCACCUGAGGAACCUGCCCCAGGCCUACAGUCCAGCCCAAACUCCGUUGAGCAGGGAACGGGACUUUGCCUCGCAGGUUCGCUAUCAUCUGGAGUCGCCGCGUAAGCCCAAAUUCCGACCAUGCAAGGUCAUCUUUGUGGGCGAUUGCGCCGUUGGCAAGACUGCCAUCGUCAACCGGUUUUGCUACGACAAAUUCCAAUCAAAUUACAAAGCCACCAUUGGCGUGGAUUUUGAGCUGGAGAACUUCAGCAUCCUGGGUCACAACUACAAUCUAGAAAUGUGGGACACGGCUGGUCAGGAGAGAUUUAAAUGCAUAGCAGGUGCUUAUUAUCGCAAUGCAAGUGUGAUAGUGGUUACCUAUGACAUGUCGAAAAGGGAUUCCCUGGAAUCGGCUAAGAAGUGGCUCAAUAGCGCACUGAACUACAAUACCAGCAAGAGACCCUUGAUUUUUUUAGUGGGCACAAAAGCAGAUCUUUUGACAAAGGAGGAUUUCGUACGAAUGGAACGAUUGGCCGGAGUGGCAGCUGCCGAGCUUCAGGCGGAGUAUUGGUCCGUCUCAGCGCGGUCUGGUUUCAAAGUAACGGAACUCUUUCAAAGGAUAGCCGGCUUAGCAUUUGAAGAAGCUGUAAAGCAGGAAAUAAAGGCAACUAAGAAUCAACCACAGGAACAAGCAACUCAAGCCUCCGUUAAAUCGCAAACUUUUGGUGGGAAGUUUUAUAACUAUUUAUAUAGCUUCAGCUUUAAAAUCUUUAUUUCAGAUUUACGUAGCUUUUUUAGCAAUCGCUUUUCGCCUGGGAAAAUCGGUUGUGCUUGCUAGCUUCCAUAUACUACUAAUUUAUAUUUUAAGUUAAAGUUAGGUCGUUAAAAUUACCUAAUAAAGAAAUAUAUA